AUGAGUCAAAAAGACCUGCUAGGUCUGUAUUUCUAUACGCCUAUGGUGCAAAAACGAGAUCAGGACUAUGUUUCUGGGCUGGAGGGCCAAAUUGGGCUUCUCAAAGAAGAAGUGCGCCGCUUGGAAGCUCUGAAUGCAAGAAACGCUCCUCGUCGCUCAGAACACCUUGAUUCCACUGAAAGCACCAUUGAAGAUGAUAAUCUUCAACACGAAACGCAAAUCGGAAAUUAUACAUCGGUAUCCUCUCUGGAAGGGCCUUCCCCCAUUCAAGAUGUGAGCGUACUCAUGUGGCGUAUGAAACUCGACGACAGUGGAGAAAAAGCAUUUAUUGGUCCUUCGGGGAACUUUUGCUUUCCCGUUACCCCCAAAGAGCCUAGCACAAAAGAUGUACCUAUUCAUGAGUCAAAUUCGCUGGACCAAGACGAACCGAUAGGCAGCGAAUCCCCGUCCCAACGUGACGAGGCCCAAAUUACGAAUUAUCUCCUGGACCUUUUCCAGCAGCAUAUCAAUUCUAUUCAUUUCUUUGUGGAUCAUGACACUCUGGUCAGCCUGAGAGGGGACAAUUUGAACCCGGAUUUGAGUCUCACCAAGUACUCCGCUAUUGCCGCCGGGUCGCUACUCUCGGAUGACAAUGAUAGUCGAACGUUUGGAAAUGAUGCAGCAUCUGCGGUGGACUCAAUUAUACUACCCGCUUGUCGGCAGCAUCCCAGUGUUUGGCUCGUUCAGGCCCUUGCUAUUAUGUGCUGGCCAAUGUGUGCUGGAAUGGCUUUGCAUCUUGGGCUUCCAGUCUGCUCACUACGAAUACUGGACGAUGGAAAAACGGAACACGACGAACUCUCCUCCUCGAUUAACCGCGUACGCUUGACAACCGCCUGGUCAUCGCUAUUGAUAGAUAGAAUCGCAACAUCACUCCUGGGGCGGAAUUGCUUGUUACCAUGGAAAAGAGUGCGGGCAGUAACUUAUCUCGACGCUAUCAAUACAACACCAAGCCUUGAAGAAGUUGCAUUCGAUUACCACUGCAGACUAUGGUUUAUACAUGACCAGCACAUGGAUCAAAUCUAUUCAUUUGAAUUUGAUGACUUGGGAGAGCUAGAAAAAUAUAGACUCCUUCUCAACGCCCGUGAAGAGUUUCUCGCAUUCCAUCGUGGUCUCGACACGAGGCUACGGCUAGGGCCCGGCGAUACAAUCCCACCGGUCAUCGUUCUUCAUAUGUCCUAUAACACGUCGCAGAUGCUAAUCCACCGUCCAUAUCUCAUGCAUCCUGCUCAAAGCAAGGCUUUCCCACUAUCUGUGCAAGCUAUGUCAACCGCAGCUGCCGCUAUGGUGCGGCUCAUCAGGGAAUAUAGGAAAGUAGCACAAUUGGAGAAGGCCCCUCCUUUCGUGGUUCACAGUAUCAUGACGGCUGCGGUCACUCAUCUCUUAAAUGCUACUUCGUCACAAUCUUCUAUAAGAAGACUAUCGAUCAGCCAAUUUCGCGUGUCCUUUGAUGCUCUGAUCACUAUGCAGAAACGGUGGGAGAAAGCAAGAAAAUCAGUCUCGAUUUUGCAACAAUUGGCUCAGAGAUGGAACAUUUUGGCUGCCCUUCCUCUGAAUGGAUUCCCAGAAAUUGUUGCUUCAGACAAUCAGACGCCCAUUGCCCCGUCAUGUGAAGAAUUGCAGCAUGCCUCGCCUGAGGAAACAAGCGAGUAUCCUCAUCUUGACAACACAUUUGACGGGCUGUCAUGGGCUGAUGUUGAUCCUGCCAAUUUCCUCUCGUACGGCACUGAGGUUAUGGAUACAGGAAACCCUGCUGGAUCAGACAGUUGGAUCGAGAGUUUCUGGUAUAAUGAAGAUAGCAAUUGA